AUGGGGGUAGAAUUGGCAGGAUCAGGGAAUGGGGAACCCCCAAUGAACCCGGCAUUGGCGACGCCUCUUUAUGUUCUGGCCGGUGUGGUGGGUGUGUUUUUCGUUUGUCGCAUGGAGAUUCUCAUACGACAUCGCCGACGUCUGCGUGGGAUACUUCGAAACGAGGACCAGUCAAAGUAUACGAAGAUCAGCGAGUUUCAGGCCAAAUUCAAGAGACAUGUUCUGUACGCGCCGUUGUUUUCGACUCGCCAUAACCGCGAACUCCAACUCAUGGGCCGGCUGCACAUGGGUACAAUACCGUUACGAUUCGAGGCUGGCGUGUUGCUUGGAUAUAUCGUGCUGAAUCUAGUAUUCUUCUUCUGCCUGAUUGACUGGCCGGCCGACUUUCAAGAAAAGAUGUUCCAAUUCAAAUACGCUGCUGGACAUUUGGCUGUCAUGAACUCGCCUGCUCUGGUAUUAACGGCAGGUCGGAAUAAUCCCUUGAUUCCGCUGUUGGGUAUCUCGUUCGACGCGUUUAAUCUUCUUCAUCGGUGGAUUGGGCGGAUUAUGGCUGUGGAAGCGGUGGUUCAUAUGGCUUGUGUGGUUGCUGGCAAGGCUCGUUUGAUGAGCAUGGAUGAGAUUACGCAUAUGAUGUGGAAUGAACCUUUCUUUAUAUACGGGUUGGUGGCAUUGAUCGGAUUCGUGUUGAUAUUCUUCCAAGCUAUGUCGGCGCUACGUCAUGCAUGGUACGAAACGUUUCUUCAUCUGCAUAUACUCCUGGCUGUCAUGUCCUUUGUGGCAUUGUGGUACCAUCUUAAGAAUCUCCUUCAGCAGCGGGUUCUUUUGGGAACUGUGAUUCUGUGGGGUCUCGAGCGAGCUGCCCGAGCAGCAUGUCUUCUCUGGCGAAACUGCGGAAAGCAAUUUACGACAGCCACCGUCGAAGUCCUACCAGCGAAUGUGGCUCGCGUCGAUGUCGCCAUGGCCCGAACAUGGAAAUUCAAGGCAGGUCAAUAUCUAUAUCUCUACAUCCCGAGUUUAGGCCUAUGGACAUCACACCCAUUUUCCGUCGCAUGGACAUCAACAGACCGCGCCGAUGUGAACGAGAAACGCAGCUCUGGCGAUUCACUGAAUACGCUCAUUGGCGGACCGCAGCGGCAUAAGAUGUCGUUUCUGAUAAAGGGGAGAGACGGGUUUACGAAGAAACUGCUGAAGAAGGCUCGAAGGACUACUGGUGGGUCGUUGAAGGUUACUGCGCUUGCGGAGGGGCCGUUUGGUGGACUUCAUCCUUUGUCCUCGUAUGGAACCGUUCUUCUCAUUGCAGGCGGAAUUGGCAUCACGCAUCCAGUAUCGUACCUGCACGAGUUCGUCAAUGUUUUUUUCACACCCAAGCACUCAGCAAUCCGACAAGUGAGCUUGAUAUGGGUUGUCCGGAGUAUCGACCACCUAACCUGGAUCCAAUCCUGGAUGCCCACACUCAUGUCCCACCCAUCCCUCCAAACCUCCACCAUCGCCCUCUCAAUCCACAUCUACAUAACAGCCCCCCAAUCCACAACCGACGAAUACGUGACAAGCUCCAACCCCUGGGCCCACCACGCGCCUCCCAACGUCCCCGUCACGAUUAACUGGGGAAAGCCGGACUUUGUGUAUAUUCUGGAGAACGCGAAGAUAUGUCAGGUAGGUGCUAUGGCUGUUAGUGUUUGUGGGCCGGGGGCUAUGGGGGAUGAUGUUAGGAGGGCGGUUAGGGAGAGGCAGGGGGGGACGGUGGUGGAUCUGUACGAGGAGUCGUUUUCGUGGUAG